CACACACACACACACACACACACACACACACAUCACCACCGUCGUCACGGCAGAGAAGCUCCAGUAGAUCUGAAUUUAAAACUUCACCAUGACCAACAAAACCAGUGCUCUGCUGUUGAAGCCGCUGCUGGAGCUGUGCGGAUCCCAUUCUACUAAAGCUGUGCGAGGAAACACGAGAAGAGCAAACUUCAGACACAUGGGCUCCUGUGGGGCCCUGGUAGUCAGGAGGACCAGCCUGCCCCUCUGCCACGCCACCUCCAUCAGCAUACCCAGCCGCAGCUUCAUCAACCUGGCUCUUCCUAUCAGCACCAGCAGGAUGGAGUACGCCGAGUGCCGGACAUUAGCGUAUUCUCCAGAGCAGAUGUUCAACGUGGUGGCCAGAGUGGAUCAGUACCAGUACUUUGUUCCCUGGUGCAAGAAGUCUCGGGUGAUGAAGGGUCGAAGCGGAAAUGUGCGGGCUGAGCUCGAAAUCGGUUUCCCCCCCAUCGUGGAUCGCUACACCUCUGAGGUCACGGUCGUCCCAAACCACCAAGUCCGGGCUGUGUGCACUGAUGGGUCCCUCUUCAGCCAUCUUGAAACAAUAUGGAGGUUGGCCCCCGGAACCAAAGACCUACCAGACUCCUGCAAAGUGGAUUUCUACGUGUCGUUUGAGUUCAAGUCCCUUCUGCACUCUCAGCUGGCCAGCGUGUUCUUUGACGAGGUGGCGAAGCAGAUGGUCGGAGCUUUUGAGCGCCGGGCGGCAUUGCUUUAUAGGAACCAGCAGGAGGCGUCACAGAGGAGGCGGUCUACAUGAGAAAACCCUCUUUCACCUCUCCCUCCAUCCACAUCCACAUGGACCUUUGACCCACGCCCUGCCAGCCGGCUGCACUCACCUACUUCCAACACUUGUCUCACACAGGAGACUGGAUCUUCUUUUUGCACUCACUCAUAUCUCUCUCUUGAGUUGACAUGCACAAGAAAUAUACUUAAACAUAUUUAUUUAUAAGCCACAAGCUAUCUCAUUAACCUUCUUGUAUGUAUUGGAAUAUUUAUUGUACAGCUAGGAAUAAAUGAAUUGUUUCAAA